GAGGACCGCUGGAGUGCAGGGCAGCUCUCCUGACUGGAUAUAAACCAGGGCUCCAGGUCAAGUCCUCUCAUCGACAGGUUCACACAGCCACCAUGAGGUCUCUGGUCUUCGUUCUGCUCAUCGGAGCUGCUUUUGCCACGGAGGAUGACAAGAUCGUUGGAGGGUAUGAGUGUGAGGCCCACUCCCAGCCCCAUCAGGUGUCUCUAAACUCUGGCUACCACUUCUGUGGUGGCUCCCUGGUCAACGAGAACUGGGUUGUGUCUGCUGCUCACUGCUACAUGUCCCGUGUUGAGGUGCGUCUUGGAGAGCACAACAUCAAGGUCACCGAGGGAACCGAGCAGUUCAUCAGCUCCUCCCGUGUCAUCCCCCACCCCAAGUACAGCUCCUACAACAUCAACAAUGACAUCAUGUUGAUCAAGCUGAGCAAGCCCGCCACCCUCAACCAGUAUGUGCAGCCUGUGGCUCUGCCCACCAGCUGUGUCCCUGCUGGCACCAUGUGCAGAGUCUCUGGCUGGGGCAACACCAUGAGUUCCACUGCUGACAGCAACAAGCUGCAGUGCCUGGACAUCCCCAUCCUGUCUUUCAGCGAUUGUAAUAACUCCUACCCUGGCAUGAUCACUGAUGCCAUGUUCUGCGCUGGAUACCUGGAGGGAGGCAAGGACUCUUGCCAGGGUGACUCUGGUGGCCCCGUCGUGUGCAACGGUGAGCUGCAGGGUGUUGUGUCCUGGGGCUACGGAUGUGCUGAAAAGAACCACCCUGGUGUCUACGCCAAGGUCUGCCUGUUCAACGAAUGGCUGGAGAGCACCAUGGCCAGCAUCCUUGCCUCCCUCCAGGUAUCCAGCACACACCAUGCGAUCAGUGAUCAUGGCAGGGUAGGAACCUUCACAGUCCUUGUUAGACAGAAUGGGGACUUCCACACACUGAAGGUGUCUUCUGAUCAUUCACCAGACACCAUGAGACUACUAGCUCUGUUGCUGAUGGUUGGAGCUGCUGUGGCAGUUCCCCGUGAAGAUGGCAGGAUUAUUGGCGGGCGGGAGUGUGAACCUCACUCUCGUCCAUACAUGGCCUCCCUCAACUAUGGAUACCACUUCUGUGGUGGGGUGCUCAUCAACAGGCAGUGGGUGCUCUCUGUUGCCCACUGUUGGUACAAUCCCUAUGCCAUGCAGAUCAUGCUGGGAGAACACGAUGUGCGAGUGUUUGAGGGUACAGAGCAGCUCAUGAAGACCGACAACAUCGUCUGGCACCCUAGUUAUGACUACCAGACUCUGGAUUAUGACAUCAUGCUGAUCAAGCUCUUCCACCCAGUGGAGGUGACCAAGGCAGUUGCACCAAUCCAGUUGCCCACAGGGUGCCCAGUGGGGGGGCUCCCCUGCUCUGUGUCUGGCUGGGGUAACACCGCCAUGGAUGGCGAGGUCGACUUGCCCCUCCGUCUGCAGUGUUUGGACGUGCCCAUAGUGAAUGACCAGGACUGUGAGAAUGCCUAUCCUGGCAUGAUUACACGCAGGAUGGUGUGUGCCGGAUACAUGGAUGGAGGCAGAGAUGUAUGCAAUGGUGACUCUGGUAGCCCUCUGGUGUGUGGUGGAGAGGUCCACGGCCUGGUGUCAUGGGGUCGGGGAUGUGCCCUGCCUAAGUAUCCCGGAGUCUACGUCAAAGUGUGCGAGUUCCUCAACUGGAUUCAAGACACCCUGAGAGCCAACCCCUGAAGAAAUUACCCAUUUUUCUUAAUUUCUCCCACUUGUUCCCCUCUAUUCUCUGCCCUACGUUAUCCCUCAUUCUUACUUCCCUUUACAGCCCUAACUUUUAUUUUUCUUUCUUUCUUUGGUGCCUUGUCUCCUUUGAAGUUUCCCCUCUCAUAUAUCCAGACGAAACACACAUGUG